CGUGACGCACUUUAAGUGACGCUCACAUGACGUAUUUCCUGAUCGCCAUGUUGGUUACGUUAUAUCGAGAUGAAGUAACUGGCUAAGCACUUUGUGAAGGGGCGUUAUCGUUGUAGAAAUGAUUCUCUGACCUCUGGGAAGCUGACAUUCGGAGGUGAGGCUGUGACGAUAGGAAGCAGGAAGGCGUCCUGAGACCAUGUUGGCUCGUCUGUUCAGGCUCCAUGGCCUGCUGGUGGCCUCCCAUCCGUGGGAGGUUAUAGUGGGCACCCUCGCUCUCACCGUUUGCCUGAUGUCCAUGAACAGCCUGGCAGCCAGCAGCCAGAUGUGCAGCUGGAACGAGUGCCCCAAAGUGGAGGAGGAGAAAGUCCACAGCAGUGAUAUCAUCAUCCUCACUGUCACACGCUGCAUGGCCAUCGUUUACAUCUAUUUCCAGUUCAAGAACCUACGGCAACUGGGAUCCAAAUAUAUACUGGGUAUUGCAGGGUUAUUUACAGUAUUUUCCAGCUUUGUUUUCAGUACAGUGGUGAUCCACUUCUUUGGGAAGGAGCUGACGGGUCUCAAUGAAGCUCUGCCCUUCUUUCUCCUGCUCAUUGAUCUGUCCAAAGCUUGUGCAUUGGCUAAAUUUGCCCUGAGCUCAAACUCUCAGGAGGAGGUGAGGGAGAACAUCUCCCAGGGCAUGGCCAUCCUGGGCCCCACCUUCACCCUGGACGCUCUGGUUGAGUGUCUGGUCAUUGGAGUUGGCACCAUGUCAGGUGUGCCUCAGUUAGAGAUCAUGUGUUGUUUUGGCUGUAUGUCUGUCCUGGCCAAUUACUUUGUCUUCAUGACCUUCUUCCCUGCGUGCGUCUCCCUGGUCCUGGAGCUGUCCAGGGAAAGUCGUGAGGGCCGUCCGAUCUGGCAGCUGAGCCACUUUGCCCGCGUGCUGGCUGAAGAAGAGGACAACAAGCCCAAUCCUGUGACCCAAAGGGUUAAAAUCAUCAUGAGUCUCGGCCUGGCAUUGGUUCAUGCUCACACUCGACUGGCGGCCGAGCAUCCAGGUCAGAAUCGCACGGCGGACGGACCCGUAGCUAAGAGACUGGAAUCUGGUGGUACCAUGUUGCCUCUGAAGCUCACCAGUAUGGACCUGGAGCAGGUGAUAACCCUCGGUCUCGCCCUGCUUCUGGCUGUGAAGUACGUCUUCUUUGAGCACACAGAGACGGAGUCUUCCCUGUCUCUCAAGAGUCCCGUUAUGAGCUCUCCUUCCACUCAGAAGCCCAGGGUGGCAGGGGACUGCUGCCGGAGGGACUUCCUACCUCCCAAAUGCUGCAAGACUAUGAACGGUAGCUUAGCAACCAGCUCCACCUCCUCAGAUGAGCCUCAGCCACCAGCAGCCUCAGAGGACAACAGCGGCUGUGCUCCUUGUUUUGAAGAGUCGUCUCCUCUGACACCUUGCGUUCCUCAAAGUGGCUGUAAUUCAGAGGCGAGGACGCUGGAGGAAUGUAUGGCCAUCCUGACAGAUCCUCAGAGGGGCGCCCGUUUCCUUAGCGACAAAGAGGUGAUGAACCUGGUAGCCUCGCGUAACAUCCUGAACUAUAAACUGGAAGCCAUCCUUGACACACCUGAGAGGGGCGUGGCCAUCAGAAGGGAAAUGCUGUCACCCAAACUGCCUGUAGAAUCUGCCUUGGCUUGUCUGCCUUAUAAAUACUACGACUAUUCUAAGGUGAUGGGCACCUGCUGUGAGAACGUCGUUGGCUACAUGCCGGUGCCAGUGGGAGUGGCAGGUCCUCUUCUGUUGGAUGAGAAGGAGUUUUAUGUUCCUUUGGCGACAACAGAAGGCUGCCUGGUCGCCAGCACUAACAGAGGAUGCAGGGCACUUUCUCUGAGCGGGGGUUGCCGCAGCAGGAUCCUCGCUGACAGCAUGACCAGGGGUCCUGUGGUGAGGCUGCCCUCAGCCUGCCGGGCUGCAGAGGUCAAAGUCUGGCUCGAGACCUCAGACGGAUUCAGUAUGAUCAAAGAGGCUUUCGACGAGACCAGCAGGUUUGCUCGUCUGGAGAAGCUGUUGGUGAGCUUAGCUGGGAGGAACUUGUACAUUCGCUUCCAGUCUCAGACAGGAGACGCCAUGGGGAUGAACAUGCUCUCCAAGGGGACCGAGCAGGCUCUCCACAGACUGCAGCAGCAGUUUCCAGAUGUGCAGGUGCUGGCUGUCAGUGGCAACUACUGCACUGACAAGAAGCCUGCUGCCAUCAACUGGAUCAUGGGCCGCGGAAAGUCUGUCGUGUGUGAGGCCACCAUCCCCAGCAGGGUGGUCAGGGAGGUGCUGAAAAGCAGUACGGCUGCUCUGGUGGAGCUGAACAUCAACAAGAACUUGGUGGGCUCGGCGAUGGCUGGCAGCAUCGGAGGCUUUAAUGCUCACGCUGCUAACAUCGUAGCAGCCAUCUACAUCGCCUGCGGACAGGACCCAGCUCAGACAGUGGGCAGCUCCAGCUGCAUCACUCAGAUGGAGGCUGCUGGUCCAGAAGGGGAGGACCUGUACAUGAGCUGCUCUAUGCCCUCCAUCGAGCUGGGAACAGUGGGAGGAGGCACCAACCUGCCGCCACAGCAGGCCUGCCUGCAGAUGCUCGGUGUCCAGGGCACCAGCUCCAGCCAGCCAGGCGAGAACGCCCGGCAGCUGGCCCGUGUGGUCUGUGGCACGGUGCUGGCCGGGGAGCUGUCCCUGAUGGCCGCUCUGGCUGCGGGACACCUGGUGAAGAGCCACCUGACCCACAACAGAUCCAAAGCCAACCUGUCAGAAACGCCUUCGUCUGAGACGGCUGCGUGACGCGAAACGCUGACUGCGGUCGGACUGAGUGAGUGCUGACAGAAUAAAAAACUGCACUGUGAGAACUGAGAGGACCGGAUCGCGUGCUGAUUGUGUGGGUGGAGGACACCCAGAUGUUGAACACUAAGAGGCUCGAUACGCAGAACCAACACGAGCUGAAGACCACAGCCACAACGUGUUUGCUUUGUGUGUCGUCCCACUGGUUGCUUUGAGGCUUUUUGGUUUGACACGUUAAUGCUGAGCUUUCUUAUUUGUGCCAUUUGUUUGCAGCUGAACAUUGCAGUGGUGUUUUGUACUUUUUGAUGUUGUUGGCACUGAUCCUUCAGACAACUGUGAAUUGUUCAUGUGGUCUGGAUCGGUAAAAUCCACCACACAGCACAAAGUCCUGAACGAGAAUCUCGUGCCUCUUAAGGGUCGUUAGGCCAAAUGCAAACAGCUCUUCUGUUUAACGGAGAAGCAGACAUGAAUGAAUGUGGAGCUCGUCUUAACUGCAUGAAGAGUGAGAUCUUCUGUGAGAAACUGAUCUUUGCACUUGCCAAAGCUCGUUUGAGACUGUGCUGUCAUUUGCUCAAGUGUAAAAUGCCAACCUUCUGCCUGAACGUAUGUAGUACUAAAUCAGUGUUGUAGGACAUCACUUGCACAAGUUAAGGUGCUGCUGUAUACUGUGUAUACUGUAGGAUGAUGUAGGCUGACUGUGGCUGCUGGGUCCAGGAAGGAAACGAGGAGGUUCAUGUCACAAGGUGACACGUUCGAACUCUGGGCCACCAGCGGGACAAAAUACUGACAGACAGGUUUCUUCUCUGUGUUAAGGCCAACAGGAGAAAAUCAAAGCCAUAUUAGGUAAUUUAAUAAACUUUAAAAGGUACACUCUUGUAUGUGUGGAACUGCAGGAUUUAUUAACAUGGAGGAGAUCAGAGGAAGGUUUUCAGGUUCUUCUGGAGAGCAGUGAAGCUCAGAAGUGGCCUUACAUUCAGUACGUCGUGGAGAAGUGUGUCCUAGAUAGGAUAUUCAAUUUUAAGCUAUUCAUUUCAAAAGACUGUACUGUGUUUUAUUUAAAAAAUAAAUACCACUAUGUUUCCCUC